AUGAGGGUGUCUUCACGUAGACGUCAUUGCAGCUUCGCCGAAACAUUAAGCUGAUACACUAACAUUAUGUUCCAUGGCAUACCGGUUACAGGGAGCAUGGGAGGAGGAGCUCCAGCCAAUAAACCCGAGCUGUACGAGGAGGUGAAAUUGUACAAAAAUGCCCGAGAAAGAGAAAAGUACGACAACAUGGCAGAGUUGUUUGCUGUGGUCAAGACCCUGCAGGCCCUGGAGAAAGCCUACAUCAAAGACUGCGUCACGCCCAAUGAGUACACCGCCUCGUGUUCCAGACUGCUGGUCCAAUACAAGGCGGCGUUCAAACAGGUGCAGGGCUCCGAUGUGGGCUCCAUCGACGACUUCUGCCGCAAGUACAGGCUGGACUGCCCGCUGGCCAUGGAAAGGAUCAAGGAGGAUCGGCCAAUCACCAUCAAGGACGACAAGGGCAACUUGAACCGCUGCAUUGCCGACAUAGUUUCCUUGUUUAUCACAGUUAUGGACAAGCUGAGACUGGACAUCAGAGCCAUGGACGAGAUCCAACCGGACCUGCGCGAGCUAAUGGAGACUAUGAACCGGAUGAGCAACAUGCCGCCGGACUCUGAAGCCAAGGACAAAGUCAGCCUCUGGUUGAGCACCCUGAGCAGCAUGUCGGCCUCGGACGAGCUGGACGACAGCCAAGUGCGCCAGAUGCUCUUCGACCUGGAGUCGGCCUACAUCGCCUUCAACCGCUUCCUGCACUCGUCCUGAGCCAAUCGCGUUUGUCUGUUUGUGUCACACGACCUUUACCUGUGUUCUUAUCAAUGUACCAGCUCCCUCUUUUUUCACUUUAUUCUUUUCCCUUUUUUGCCAGAGUUUUUUCCUCCUUCAAUAUUAUUGUGUCACCAAAAUGACAGGUAAAUUACUGUAUAUAAAUAAUUGGACUUUAUAUCCUAUUAAAACCCGGAAGGAUUAGAUUGUUAGUUAAUGUACAGCAAUUUGUUGGAUUUCGCACGGUGUCUUGUCUUCUUUGAACUCAUCGUCACCUCCCCCGGACCCGGUUUGGGGACUACAGUAAAUAUUUAUUAAGAUGUAUCGUUGUUUGUAUAAAUGUUUGGAUAAUGACAUCCAAAAUCAUACACGCUUGUUCUUUUUAACAAUAAAAGUUGUAAUAUACC